GAGGCCCGGCGCGCCGAGCGCCGGGACGCGUCGCUGCUGCAGCACUGGGCCGCGGCCGCGCCCCCGGCGCAGGCGCCCGCCGCCGCCGGCGGCGCCGCCAACCCCGCGCGCGUGCUGGCCGCGCAGCUGGAGGAGGCGCGGGCCGCAGAGGCGGCGCUGCACGCCGAGGGCGACCAGCUCCGCAGGGAGCUGGAGUCCUGGCGCGGCGCGGGCCAUCGGCUCGCGGCCCACGGCGCCCGCUUGGCGGCGCUCGUGGCCAGCCAGGACGCCGUCGCCGCGAAGGCCGAGCCCGCGGCUGGGAGGCUGGCCACCGCCGGGGCAGCGCCGCAGGCGCCAGCGGGCGACGCCGGCUGGCCGCUGCAGCUCCUGGCGGCGGGGGCGUCGCUGGCCGCGGCGCUGUUGGCCGCGGGGCUGUGCCUGCCGCCGCGCGCAGCCGCCUGCAAGGCGGCGGCACCCCAGGUCCUGGCGAAGGCGACGCUGCCCUCGUGGCCAUCGCUGCGGGCCCAGGAGCGCGGCGGGGCGCCCGCGUCGCCGGCGCUCUCAGGCUGCGGCGUGGCGCUGGGCGGCCUGGCGCGCCUGGCGGGCGCCGGCGUGCGCGCCGUGGAGGUGUCCGAGCUGCAGGUGGGCAACUUCCCGGCCGGCGCGGGCGUCUGCGUGCGCAUGUCCAUUGAGGGCGCGCACGGCGAGGGGCCGUCCACGGAGGUGCUGGAGUCGUCGGAUGGCCACCUGCUGCGCUUUGAUACGGUCCUGAGCGCCGAGGUCUUCCUCCUCGGCGGGGCGCUCGUGCUGUCCGUCGUCGAGGCACGCGGCGCCGAUGGAGCGGUGAGGCGGCCCGGCGCGCCGUCGGCCUGCCGGGCGCGGGUGCCCGCGGCCCUGGCGGCCAUGAGCCGCGACCCCGCGGCGGCGGCUGGGGCCGCGCCGCCGCCAGGUCCCGGCUCAGGACCUGUCACCUCCGACUUCGACGGGGCUUUCGACGAGGCGGACGUCGUGCGCCUGGGCGACGCGGCCGCAGCUCCCGCUGCCGACCGCGCUGGGGUGCCCAGCAGGACCUUUGCCGCCUCGCCGCUGCCCCGCGGGUUAUCCGCCUUCCCGCCAGGCCGCAUUGACGGCGUGGCAGCCCCCGCACUCGCCGCAGGAGCUGCGAGCGACAUGGCGAUCGCCUCGGGCCCAGGAGCCUGCCGCGUGGACGGCGAGGCGCGGAGCAUGUGCGACGUGCCGACGCCCAGGUGCCCCAUCGACUUCUGCAUUGCCCUGCUGGAGCACCUGGCGCUUCCGGUCCAGGCCACGCCCGAGGCCAUCAGCAUGGUGACAACCGACGUGGUCAUCCAGCUGGCGCCCUCUGGUCACACUCCAAACCACAGCUCCGACAUCGCCAUGGACUCUGACGACAGUGGGACGCCCGAGGCACCCAUGAGCGCGGAGCCCGCCUCGCCGCACGCGAUCUUGAGCGGCGACCUUGCCGGCCCAGGUCCCUCUCAGACUCCCGUGCAGACGCUGACCGAGGCGGUGCUCCCGCUGUACGUUUUCGGCAGCAGCACCACCACCACCGGCACCUUCAAGGCCUCUGGCGACGGUGUGCUGCAUGGGGUGCACAUGUGCGAGAGCUUCGCCCUGCCGUACGUCACCUUGCGACCCGACCCAGACUGUCGCAACCUCGGGGAGUUGAGGGUGGAAUGCGUGCCUUUCUCAGUCCAGGACGAAGCAUUGCGCUCCGACAGGGGUGGUUCUUCAGGACAGCGCGAGGGCAGUCAGCAGCGCCGCCGCGCCCAGCACGACAGCAGCCGGCAGCACUGCAGCCAGCUACACGGCAGCAGACAGCAGUCAUACCGCAGCACCCCCAAUGCUGGCCUGCAGCGGUGCCACGGCCCGCGUGACCAGCUGGCGCACGACGUGGGCACCCUGGUGGCGUUCUCGCUGGACGCUUCUGGUUGCACCGCCCUUACUGGCAGCAGCUUCGGCGGCAGCGCGGGGCUGACGGCUACCAUCGGCGCGGACUGGGGGCUGCCGCGCGCAACUUUGCGCUUGCUGGACAGCCUCCCCGAGCGCGGCUACUCAUUCAUCCUCGCGCUGGAGCGCGAGAUCGGGCGCAGAGGCCUCGAGACGAAGUACUGCAGCGCCGUCGAGGGCCAUCGUGACGGCAGUUCACAAGAGCACAGUAGCCAGCAGCGCAAUCACAACUCGCACGGCGACCUGCACGUUCAUCGCUUCCGCAUCGAGCACGAUGCUCACGAUUUGCUCGACUUGUACGACGACCGUCAGGUUCCGCCGGGCUGCGCUAUACUGUCCGCGAGGGCCAGCAGCAUCGACGCCAGUCGCACGGAUCGCUUGCUGGACAGCCUCUCCGAGCGCAGCUACCCAUUCACUAUCGCGCCGGAGCGCGAGUUCGUGCGCAGAAGCUUGGAGAAGAAUUGCUGCAGCGCACGCGAGGAGCAUAGCGACGGCAGUCCGCAGCAACACGGCAGCCAGCAGCGUCAUCACGACUCGCACGCCAUCCCCGAUCCGACCUGCGCGACGGCCAUGCGCAGCGGUACGCACCACCGUGGAAGACUCAACCCCGGCGACAUGGAGGUCUUCGUGACGACUCCGAAGGGCACCCUCACCCUCAGCAUUUGGAGCAGCACUACGGUCGGCCACAUACGGGCCCUGAUUCGGGGCAGACGGGGCGCCCAUCUCGCCAAGCAGCGCUUAAUCUUCGCUGGGAAGCAACUGCAAGAUGGCGACAUGGUGUCGGAUUACGGCAUCCAGAAGGGGUCGACAUUGGACCUGGUCUCGCGCCUGCGCGGAGGCAUGCCCGCCGCCGCGGAGGCCGCUUCAGCGGCCAGCAGCCCACAAGCAACGGACCGUGACCGCCCAGAGCAGGAGGCCACCCUGCCGGCGACGCCGGAGCGGCUGACGACGCGCGCGAGACCCGCCGACGCCGACGGCGCUCCACCCGAGCACCGUGGUGACGGCACCAGGGAUUCGCGCCUCGCGGAGGUCCUGCUCCCAGUGCCCCCGCGCGCAGGCGCGAGCAGUACGAGCUGGCGCCUGCUCCAGCGCCUAGCCACGCCAGCGAUACCGGACGGACCCGCUGCACGGGCACGCCCGGCAGGGGCUGCAGCCAGCGUGGACGAGGCCGAGCCCCAUCCUAACGGAGCGGCGCGACCAGUCCCCCUCCUGCCCCCGGCUCGGCUGGCCGAGCUCAGCCUCGGGAGCAGCAGCGCCGCCGCGCCAGGAGGAGCCGCCUUGGUGGCCAGCCUCUUCGACAUUGCCCGUUCCGGCUCAGAUGAGCAGCCCGCAGCCCAGCGGCAGGAGCCGCCUCGCUCCUCCAGGCGACCACCCGGCCGGGCCACCGCGCCUGCAGUGCAGUGGUGGUUCGACGGGCUACGCACCACCGUCGCCUCCAUCCGGCGGGCUGGAGCGGUCCGGCCAGAUUUCACGUGGAGCAGCCUCACGAACCCCCUCAUCUGGGGCACGGUCCACGAGGACGAUUUCCAGAUCUUGGUGCACCAAUGCAGGGAGAUGGACAUGGGCACGGAUGGCGUACGACGAGUGCGCGCUUGGUGGAACCAAAGGGGGGUGGACAACUUGGUCUCCGCGCACCGCGUGCUCUGCGCUCUAGCGGCCUUGCACGGCCCGUGGGCGACCUACCAGGGCGAACGUCGGCCUGUCAGGGCCCCCGACCACCCAGGCGCUUACAUCCCCGACGUGCUGCAGGAGAUCGUGAUGGCCGAAGCCCGCGCGGGCGACCUCGCCAUGAUGGAGGCGUUCCAUCCAGCUUCCGACUUGCGGCGCGAGGCCCAUGGAGCCCACGCGGCCCUGCCAGCCCCUCCGGACUUUCAGCGGCCAUUGGUGCAGACGCGCCGGGAGCUGCGGCCUAUCGACGUCACGGAUGUCGCAGCGGACGGAGAUGAGCGGCUCACUGAUGGGGCUUGGGGAGGUCCGCAGGUGUUGGCAAUCGAUUCCGACUCGGACGAGGACGCCCUGAACGACGCCGAGCUCCGGCAGCUUCCGCCAGAGAUGCAGGUCCAAGAGCCUAACCCGGCAGCGGCUCGGGCGCGCAGCCAGAUGCUCACGGACGCCUCGGUGGACAACGCGAGGGCGGCCGAAAUCACCAGACUCCUAUCUGGUGAGGCAGGCGAGGCCCCCUUGCUGGCGCGAGGCACCACCGACAUAGCCUCUUGGCUCGCGCAGGCCAUUUGGGUAACCUUGCCGUGCCACUUGUCCCAGCAGCUCCUCCCGGCCCUCGUGCGGUCGGCGACCAACGCCCAGCCCUUCCGGGAUCUGGCGGAGUGGUUCGCCGAGCAAGGGUGCUUCACCCCAGCCGGGCUCGCGCGAAUGUUGAGCGCGGUCUCGCGGAUCCAGGUCGAGCCCUACGACCCGCUGUGCCCUGGCCAGAUCGCGGAGUUGCUUCAGACGACGUAUCUCGAUCUCGACUUAUUCACGGCUCUGUCGGCGGGGCAAACCGCCCUACGGCGGCACCAAGCUUCCACCAGCGAAGAGGCGGGCACAAGCCUGGCGCGAGGGAACGAGCACUGCACGGUCUGCCUGGAGCCCUUUGGCGACGGCGAUGGUACGAGAUGGCCGGGGUGCGGGCACCGCAUGCACGCCGCUUGCAUGCAGGAGUGGCGGAGGCAGCGAGCAGGCGUUCCACCGCCGCCGCGCGUCCGACCGCACGAAUGGUUCCCUGUGUAUUGCCCCGCCUGCCGUUUGCCAUGGGCUGAGCUUGACGGCGACCCGCCGAUGCCAGACGCGGCAGCAUCACAGCCGGAACCCUCAGCCGCCCGCGACGAGGAUGGGCUGGCAUUCCCCGAAUCUCGGGCAGUUGCGAACGAGGCAGGUCAGGGCGGCGUCGCCCAGCGUGCAGCAGCCGCGGAGUCGAGCAACGACCACGACCAGGCGGCGACGAGCGGCCUGGAGACCUCCCCCGUAGCGGCAGGCAGAUCGUCCGGCGACUCCAUGGACGACCGCCUGCCUGGCGCGCAUCCGACGGCCCAGGGGUCCAGAGGUCCGGCGUCGGAGCCAGCGCUAGUAGCAGACCUGGGCGGCGACGGCAUCACGGCCACCGACAGUGUGGCGCCAGCAAUCCCGACGGGCCCCGAACCGGGGACAGCUGCUGCAUCGCCUGCCGCCGCCGCGGCCCUCAGAGACGUGGAGCAAGGUGGCACGAGGCCGUCUCGGCCAGGCCUUGUCGGCGGCGCCCCUGAGGGCCCACCGGCCUCCGCGGCCUCCGAUCGCGCGGCAGAGCCGGGCCAAGCCCCAUCGCAAAGUCUGGCGGCAGGCAACGAUUUCGCCGCCAUCGAGGGCUACCAGCAGGGGGCGCGCCCGGAGGUCAGCCCCUACAUGGUCGUGGCUGCGGGCACCCACGCGCUCGUGGGCACGCGGGACGGGGACGCCCUCGACGUACCAUGCCUGGAGGACGGCAGGGACGCAUACUACGCUGCCGCAGCUGGUCUGCCGAGCUCCGACAGCGCGGCAGCCGACGACCUCCCCCCGGUGUUGCUGGCCAUAGGAUUACGCCACGACGGCCUCCAGGCUCUGCGGGCCGCGCUGGCCGCUGCCGACCGAGCGGUGGACAUCCUCGCUAUCGCUUGCCGGCGGACUGCCUCGCCGGGCGUAGCAACGGGCACGGACUUGUGUCUUCUGGCGCAUGCCGAGUGGGGAGCCCGGAACCUCGCGAUGGCAGCCCAUUUGACAGCGGUCGGACAGCCGCUGACAGAUCGCGGCCGCGCCGUGCAGUGCUUCGCCCUCCAGGUGCCCUUGCGCCCCGAGCCAGCCCGCCCUCCUGUGGAGACGAUCGUGACUUGGGCCGGAGCGGCCGAGCUGGCCAGCGAAUGCCUGCACAUCCUACUCCACGAAGGCCUGGACCCGCACGUGCACGCGGCCCUCCUUCGCUUCCAGGCUGCGACCAGGGCGCGUGGCCUGAGUAUGGAGUGGGCCACCGAAUCCCUCAGACCCGGAAGCGAUCCACACCAGGCGGGGUCCCACGUGGCGCCACUCCUUUACCACGCAAUCCGUGUCACGUCAGCGCCAGCGGCCCCAGACAUCGCAACUUUGGGAAGUGCUCUCGCAGCCAUCCAGCACCAGGGCUUCACCUUGACUUGGUGGCGGGAUCGAGAUACGCACCAUGCCGUGCACAUCCCGAUGGCCCGCGGCAGCAUCCCAGCAGCGGUGGCCGCAGCGGAGGAGCCCGCUCUCCAGAUGGGUGGCCGCGUCGCAGCGCGGAUCGAUGGGCUGUUACUGCUGGACCUCCUCCCAGCAGUCACGGAGGGCGUGGUCCGUGCGGCACAGCUUGACCAGUGGAUUUCCCCGGCCGCGCCGGCCAGCCGCAUCCUCUGGGCUGGUGACGCCCACAGGCCGCGGGGGUUCCUCUCCACUACGGGGCCGACGGCAGGCCAUGAUCUUCUCUGGCUGGUGGUCACCAGAAACCAGGUCUCCGACGGGGACGUCGCGCGCCGCCUGCAGGACCUACUGGCGCACCCCGUCCACGUCUCGACAGUCAACGCCCUGGACCCAUCCACCGACAGGUUCGACAACAUGAGCCUUGUUCGGGUCGCGGCGCCUGCGGCCGACCGCAUGCGCAUCCAGGUGGGGAGCAGCGGCCAAGUGACGGUUGCCGGGGUGCCUUGCCGGGCGUUUCCUUUUGGAUCGACCCGCAUUCGGACGCAAGGUCACCGCGCCCCGCGCACGCCUGACGCGAUUCGCCAGCUCUUGGCGGCCGCGUCGCGCCCAGGCGCCGCGGCUGGAGGGCGCUCCACCACUUUCUCGCAGGUGGCACAGAGGACGCCCCUCGAACCCUCGGGAGCCGCUCUUGGUCCGGCGGUGCCCCGGCUGCUGGAGUUCCGGACGGGCCCAUGGCCGUCGGGCGGCCAGGCAGAUGCGGACAGUUGGGCAGACGUCUGGACGCGCAUGCUCUUCCUCGGGACCGUGGUGCACGCGCGCCUCUGGGUGCCAGCGGAGCCCACCCGCCCGGCCUCCCGCCCCCCGCCGCUGCCGCUAGGAUGCCAGGACCACUUUUCGCAGACUCUCCACUCCUCUUUGGGGGCGGGGGCCGCCUUCCGGCAGGAGGGCGGGGUCUCGGGCCUCAAUGGCUGGAGCGACCACCUGCUUCCCGGCGAGCUCCUCCUCGUUCGCGUCGCCGCGGGGAGCCGCCUGCGCCUCCGCGCACCAGGGGAGGAGCUGUCGUGGACGCCUACGUUGCCAGCGUGGAUCGCGGUGGUGCACCCCGCCGAGGCUGACGGCCGGGCCGCGGCUCACCAACUCGAUGGAUUCCUGCACGUGGACGUGGAGCUGGCCGAUGGCCCUGUGUGGGUCGCCCGGCGCCCUCCCUCGGGCCCUGCGCUGGCGACCCGGCGAGCCGCGGCGGCGCCGCCGCCGGCAGCUGCAGCACCAGCUCCUACCGCCCCGCCUCGUGACCCCCGUACUUUCCGGGAGCGUUUACAGCACCUCGGAGAUCCACCAGCUCCACCAGGCCCUCUCCCGUCGGCGUUGGUGGACCCAGCCAGGGCGGCCGCCCGGCUCGCGCUUCAGCCAGUCGCGGACACGCCAGCGGCCCGAUAUGCGGAUCUCUUGGCGCAUUGGCUGGUGGCCCACAUCACGGCUUCCCAGCGCCCGCAACCCCCAAUCAGGUGGCAGUGGGCGAUGCUGAUCGUUGCUUGGCUGCUGGAGGUGUUGGGCAUCGCGCAGCUGUGGCAACAGGACGCCGGUGCCGCGGAGGACCUCCUCACGGAGCUCCAGAUUGGCAGUCCUGCCCGCCGGCGCCAGCCCUUCGAGCCGUGGCAGCACGGGCGGCGCGGCGUGAGGCCAGGCGUGCCGCUCCCAGGCAGCCGGGUGCAGGACGCCGCCAGCGCCCGCAGACACGGGCACACCAGCUACGCACUGUCAGCAGAGGCCAGCGCGGCCUUGGACGCUUUGGUUCACGCGACGCUCGCUGCCCAGGCACCUGGCGUGAGCCCAGCGGCGCCGGCGGCGCCAGCAGCGAGCGCCACCGACGCGGCCGGGCAGGACGGGCUUGGAGGGACCAGUGGAAUGGACGUUGAUGGCGCCACCCUCGGCGCCCCCGUGCCCUCCACUGCGCAG